GGUAUUUAGAGACAGAGAAUUACACUGUCAUUUAGAUGAGCUGGUCAGUUUAACAAUGUAUAGAGUGUUACAUACAGGGGUUCAAACUCAGGCGAUACCUUACUGUAACCCACUAGAGCCAGUACUGCUAGAUACACUAACAGGUGUCAGGUGGUUACGGCUCUCUUCAGAUGAAAAGAUGUCCUGUGAUGAGAUUUUAAAUGAAUAUGAAGCUCAAGAUUUCUCUGAAUUUGAAGAAGUAGACCCUGAUGAAAGGAGAAAAUAUGGCAUUCUUGGGUCCUGUAUGUUUUAUAGGGAUUAUUUAUUAUGUUCACACCUGUGUAGAGAAGAUUUACAAGAUGUUAAUUUAUUUCUCAAGUAUCACUGUAUCCUACAUCUAGUCAGUAAACAAUCUGUAGACAACCUUGUCAUCUGGAGGGAGGUUUAUCCUACACGAUUCUGUCAAUCUACAAAGAAAGAUAACCCUGGUUACAGAGAGCCACAGGGGAGAUGGUUCUUACUUGUUGUUAGCAUGAGGCAUUUUCUCCUAUGUACAUUAUUUGAAGCUGGCAGUUAUUCAAGAUCUGUGUCAGGUAGACAGCCGGUAGACAAGUUUCUAUUGGAUCAGUCGCGGGCAACAUUAGCCCAGCUAGAUCUUGAUGAUACAGAUAUAGAAUUACAGUGCAAUGAAAGGCUUUUCUCAGAGCAGUCUGGUCCAAGCUUGAAAUGUAUAGACUCAGAAAAACCAACUGGUUUCAACAAUGAUGUAAUAUCACCUCUUAAAUCUACACCUUCACCCAGACACAAUACAGAUGAUGUAGACAGACUAUCAUAUCAAUCUCCUAAUGGACCUGGUGUUAUAAAGAGACAGGGGAGCAAACUCUCAUAUGGAUCUAAUGAUUCCAGUGGUAGCAGCACAAGUAUUAACAAG